AUGCGGCCUCCGCCAAGCUUGGGCGGGCGCGUCCUGGUGGCGCUGUUUUUUGCCUGCGGGGUGGCCGAGGUCUGGGCGGAGGAAAGAGGAAUCUCGCUUGCUACCCCCACUCCACAGCUACUGGGGGCCAGCGAGAUCCUGACGCCACUCCCUAAGACUUCCCAGCCAAGGGAUUCCAACGCCAGCCUGCAGCAGUCCUCUGCACCUGCUGAAAUACCCAAAGAACGGAGGCCAGAGAGAGUCCCACCGCGCACCCCUCCCCCAUGCCAUGCAUCCAUCGAGAUUAAGGAAACUUUCAAAUACAUCAACACUGUGGUGUCCUGCCUAGUGUUCGUUCUGGGCAUCAUCGGGAACUCCACACUUCUGAGAAUCAUCUACAAGAACAAGUGCAUGCGCAAUGGCCCCAAUAUCUUGAUCGCCAGCCUGGCUCUGGGAGACCUGCUGCACAUCAUCAUUGACAUCCCCAUCAAUGUCUACAAGCUGCUUGUAGAAGACUGGCCAUUUGGAGCUGAGAUGUGUAAGCUGGUGCCUUUCAUACAGAAGGCCUCGGUGGGCAUCACCGUGCUUAGCCUGUGUGCUCUAAGCAUUGACAGGUAUCGAGCUGUUGCUUCUUGGAGUCGAAUUAAAGGGAUUGGAGUUCCCAAGUGGACAGCAGUAGAAAUUGUUUUAAUUUGGGUGGUUUCUGUGAUUCUGGCUGUCCCUGAAGCCAUAGGCUUUAAGUUGAUUACACUUGACUACAAAGGAAACUAUCUGAGAAUCUGCAUGCUUCAGCCCACUCAGAAAAGCGCCUUCAUGCAGUUUUAUAAAACAGCUAAAGAUUGGUGGCUAUUUAGUUUCUAUUUCUGCUUACCACUGGCCAUCACUGCCCUUUUUUAUACUCUGAUGACCUGUGAAAUGUUAAGAAAGAAGAGUGGCGUGCAAAUUGCUUUAAAUGAUCACUUAAAGCAGAGACGGGAAGUGGCCAAAACCGUGUUUUGCCUGGUGCUUGUGUUUGCCCUCUGCUGGUUGCCCCUCCACCUCAGCAGGAUCUUAAAGCUCACUCUGUAUGAUGAGAACGACCCCAACCGAUGCGAGCUUCUGAGUUUCUUGUUGGUAUUGGACUACAUUGGCAUCAACAUGGCCUCCGUGAAUUCCUGCAUUAAUCCAAUUGCUCUCUAUCUGGUGAGCAAAAGAUUCAAAAACUGCUUUAAGUAA